ACAUCGCUCAUGCUGGGAUCGUAGAGAGAGUGCCUCACUAGCUCUUUCGAAGCUAGCCAAGGUUGACAUACGUGGGCGAUUCAACCUCGGCAAAAACUGGUGAGCUCCGCUUAAGCUCCAGGACUUCGAUUGCCGCCCCGCGUAAGACGCGAUCCAGCUGUACCAACUUGCCAAAUCUCUCUUCACUGAAGCUGCAACCUGCAUCAAAGUUCCAGACAUAGAGACCUCUAUUUACUCAAGUCAACAUGGGCGAACAAGGACCGGGUGUAGGAUUUGAGUUUCCAACCUUCGAGGUGUCGUGGAAGAAGAGGGACUUGCUCCUCUUCGCGGCCAGCAUUGGCGCAACAUACCCCGACGAGCUUCAUUUUCUCUAUGAACUCAACCCCAACUUCGCGGCGUUCCCGACCUACCCGAUCAUCCUCCCAUUCAAGCACACGGAUUCCGAAGUUAUCGACUUCUAUGCGCGCUCAAAUAGUACGCCUAUUGCAGGAGUUCCCAAGUUCGACACCAAGGGCGUUCUCGAUGGCGAGCGCAAGCUCCAGUUCCUGAAGCCGAUCCCGGUAUCUAGCGAGGGUCGCAAGUUCGAGGUCAGGAGCAAGGUUCUGGGCGUGUAUGACAAGGGGAAGCCGGGCACGGUAGUCGAGACAGAAAAGACGCUCGUGGAUGCGCAGUCUGGUGAGGUGUACACCAGGGAAGUGGGCAGUGGAUUCUACGUCGGACAGGGUGGUUGGGGGGGUCCCAAAGGCCCUAAGACCGUGAACUUCCCUCCGCCCGCGAAUACUCCCCCGACCGCGACCCGUGUUACCCAAACCACGCUCGAAACUGCGCUCCUCUACCGCCUCAACGGCGAUUACAACCCCCUCCACGCGACUCCCGAGCCGGGUGUCAAGAUGGGUUUCGGUGGACCGAUCAUCCACGGUCUGUUCAGCUGGAACACAGCGGCGCAUGCUGUCUUGCAGCAAUUUGGUAGGUCAAAGCCUGAGAACAUGAAGGAGUUCCAGGCGCGAUUUGCAGCGCCGGUCAAACCGGGGGACAAGCUGAUUACGGAAAUGUGGCAGACUGGCCAGAAGGAGGGUGGUUUCGAGGAGAUCAGAUUUAUUGUCAGGGUCGAGGGAGGUAAGACGGUCUUGACGAAUGGAAGGGCGCUGGUGAAAGUGGAGGAGGUCAAGGCUAAGCUGUAGACACUUCAGCUGAGAAGCUAGUUUGAAUUCGUAUUCAAGCUCAAGUGAUAUUUUGACAUGAUUCUAC